AUGUGGCCUCAGAAUGAGAACUCACCCAAGCCAAAAGUGGAGUCAUCUUCAUCUUCGGAUGUCGAAACUCUUCCGGCCGUCGCACGCAUUGCACUUGAGCUCCCCUCUCCUCGCCAGUCGGGUUCACCCCAAAUGGAGCGUUCGUUGGCCAAUUUGAGCACGGACAUGAAGAGUCUGAUGAAGAAGAUCCAAGACCUCAGUCACCUCGGCAUCGAAGACCAGCAGAUCGCUCUACCAAAGAUAUGUGUGGUUGGUGACCAGAGUACCGGCAAGAGCUCUCUGAUUGAGGCUAUUUCGGAGAUCCGAGUCCCCAGGGCCGAGGGUACCUGUACCCGGUGUCCAUUGGAGAUCAAUUUGACUCAGAGCGACGACCCAUGGAAGUGUGCGGUCUACUUGUGCUAUCGAUACAUGCAUGUUCCUCCGAAGGGGACCACCAAAGUCCAGAAGAAGAAAUCACUCGGGCCCUGGGAGAAGAUGAAGGAUCAGGAGCAUCAUCACUUUGCUGAGCUGACGGACAGAAAUGAAAUUACAAAGGCCAUUUUCUGUGCCCAGCUGGCGAUUCUGAAUCCCCAGGUAAAUCCCAAUAUCUUCAGCCCGGAUCAGGAUCCACAGUCUUCCCAUGGUGUUCAGGUCAAGUUUUCGCCAAACGCAGUUCGCUUGGAUAUCUCUGGCCCUGGAUAUCCUAACCUCUCUUUUUAUGACUUGCCCGGAGUCAUCAACCAAGCCGAACAAGACAGUGAGAGGUACCUGGUGAACCUUGUUGAGAAUCUGGUCAAGAAAUAUGUGGAACAGGAUAAUUCCAUCGUGCUGCUGACAUUGCCCAUGACCGACGAUGCGACCAACUCCAGUGCUGCCCGUCUUGUCCGUGAUAUUCCAAACGCCCCAGGGCGUACACUGGGUGUCUUGACGAAACCAGAUCUUCGGGCGACGCGGGCUUUCGGUCCAUGGGAGGAGAUUCUACAAGAUGUCAGCUUCAAACUCGGCCAUGGAUACUAUGUGGUCCACAACAGUGCGAAUCCAAGCACUAGCCACGACAUGGCGCGAAUGGAGGAAGCAGAGUUCUUUGCCAACGAUCCGUGGUCUACUCGCCUAAGUCAUCUGGAAGGACGUUUCGGAGUCAAGAAUCUGGUGGCGGCCCUCUCAGAUCUGCUCAAGAAUCAGAUCAUCGGCUGCCUACCUUCUAUUCUCGCAAAGAUUGACCAAAAGUUGAAAAGCAUCGACGAGAGUCUGGCCAGACUGCCCAACCCGCCCACCGAGGAGGCUCAAAUCACUCUUUUCGAGAAAAUAACGGAUUUGAAGAAAAGGAUUCAGGACUUCUUCGAUGAAUCAUCCCCAAUGAAAUGGCGGCAGCCAAAGCACGAAAAUAAACCACUGCACGAACAGUGGAACAUGAUUGUCUUAGAUCUGCAAAUCGCCCUGCGUCAGACCCGCCCAGUCCUAGAGAUUUGUGCCCCAAAAGACAAGGAAGAUCUUUCUGAGCCUACCGACUCGGACGGUGAGGUUUUAAUCAUUGAAGCUAAGUCCUCGCCUGGGAAGAAGCGAAAAUUGCCCUCGCAGUCUGUGGACGAUGAUGUUGAUGUGAAGGUUCCGCUUCAACAGCACUCAAGCCCGUAUGAAACACCGUACUUUGCAGGGCGCCGUCCUGCCCUUUUUACCCUGCGGUACCUGUCCGAUUUGCGGAAUGGUUCGCAGAUGCUCGGUGUCCCGAAUCAGCUAGACCCGCGUGCCAUUGUGAAGUUAAACAAGAGAACUGUCGAACACUGGCAAGAUCUGCUUGUAACCUUCCUCGAGGCUUCCCAUGGUCUUGUGCGAAGAUUGCUUCUGGAAGUGCUUGAGGAUGAGUUUAUGGAAUAUCACCAAACUGGCCUGUAUCAGAAGCUCCACAAGAUCUUGGAGACUUACCUGCAAAGGAUCCGCCUUGCCCAUCUCGAGACAUCCAAGGAAUGGUGCAAGUCCGAAAUGAAGGUUCCCUUUACAAUGGCCAAAGAGCUCCACCAAACCUUCAUGGCGAAGGCAUUGAAGGAACUGCAGGCCCGUCGGGCAAAUGCGCGUGCCAGUACUUAUCUACACAGCCGUGGCGAUGAUAUGAGCGAUGCCAAAGCCCCAAUGAAGAUCAAGAGGAUUAUCGAUGAGGACCAACUUGGACCAGAUAGAUAUUCGGAAGAGAUCAAGAUGAUGGCGAGCUCGCGCGCAUACUACGACAUUGCGUCGUCUCGUUUCCUAGAUGUUCUGUGUCAGUCGACUUAUGUGAAGCUGUUCGAUACAUGCAAGGAUGACCUGGUUGGUGUUAUUCGGGAUAAUUUGCGCAUCUUUGGGGAUGAUGGCCGUACCCGCUGCCUCGAGUUGAUGGCUGAGGACCCGGCACGUCAGCAACGCCGUACUUGCCUUCAGAAAGAACGCGAGAAGAUGGUUACGGCACAACAGGAGCUGGAGUCGCUCCACCGCCCGGAUGUGGCAAUGGUUGACGACGUGGAUCCUUGGAAUCAAGAGCGCUGA